AUGUCUGAUUCUGUCUUUGUGAACGUCUGUGUUGGAGCAGCAACUUUUGGAGGCUUCCUUUACUAUUUUCCUAGCGCCUACACUGCUGGAUCAAAAGCAUAUAGAGCAUACAAAGCAAAGGAGCAAUUGGAAGAAAUUGAUUAUGAACCUCAAACUAUUGCUGAGCUGUUGCAUGGAAAAGAUUUGAAAAAUCUUCACAAUAAGUUUGUCUACUUGAAAGAUAUUACUGAGCAUAAACUUGUUCCUUUAAGAAAUAAAAUGGGGGUAAAGUCAAGCUCUGACUAUUCCAAUCUUGACUUAUGGGUUAAGACAACUGAAUUCUCUCAUGGAUUCUUAUGCAAGAAAUUUUAUGAAGUUUCCUCAUUUAAUUUAGGGGGAAAGGACUCGCUUUCUGUGGAGCUAGAUGAUGAGACAGUCACUCCUUGUGUCAAUCCUAAAUUAAGACCUUCAGAGGAAGAGAUUAACUACUUCUAUUACCCUCUCUAUAUGCUCGGACUCACGAGUAUCACUUCAUACAAUGUUGAGUAUCUUAGCUCUGGGGAUUCUUUAAGUGUGUGAGGAAUCUUAGAGUACAACGUAGAAAAUGAUACUUUGAGCUUGACGGAUCCAACUGUAGCUUUCCUUGGAUGAAUAAAAGAUGCAAUAUCGGGACUAUCAGACAAAAUUUUUGAGAAUUCAAAAGAUUUGAUAUUUUAUGGACUUGCUGCUAUAACAUGAGGAACAUUUUGCUACAUUUACUCCAAGAAGCUCCUUUCACAAUAUUCCAUUACAAUUGAGGAUGCAAAAAUAACAAAGUUAUGAAAUAUCUGUGAUAACACUAAACCCUCUGUGCUUCGCCGACCAUGUCUUCAUAUCUGUGAAUGCAAUCCUUGCUACACCAAAAACAAGGAGAGUAAACCUGAACAAACAAAAUACUGCCCGAUAUGCACACAAGAGAGUACAUCAGUUCAUAAUAUUACUUAACUGUUACAACACUGUA